GGCUCUCGGAGCCCGCCCCCUCCUCAAUCCUAUUGGCUGUCGUGUCGGAAAUACUGACGUCAUUUUUCUCCACUUCUAUGGAAACUGAGACUCGGCGCCGAAAAGGUUCAUGGGUGAUGGUGUUCUUCACCGCCGCUCGUUCCGGCUGGAGAAGCGAUUUGGCGCCUGUCGCGGACUACGUAUCCCAGAUCACACCGCGCGCGGCCGCCGCGAGGGGGCGGGCCCUGGGCCGAAUGCUAAUUCAGGGAGGAGGCACGGCCGGCGCCUGCGCGGUGCGGCCCCGGUGGCGCAUUUUCCCCCAAGAGAGGAAGGUGGCGCCCGGCGGAGCGGAAGAGGGCGGCGCUCUUCCCGCAGAGCGGCGCUGCUGCUACUGCCGGAGCGGAGCGGGCGCGGCUCGGGCCGCCGUUGAAAGCGAGCAAACUACCUUUUAUGAAAGAGACAUGGAUGGGAUGGAUGAAACAUCUAAAAGAAUUCUAGAGCCAUACCAGUAUUUACUUCAACUACCAGGUAAGCAAGUAAGAACCAAGCUGUCACAAGCCUUCAAUCACUGGCUUAAUGUUCCAGAAGAUAAAAUACAGGUUAUCAUUGAAGUGACAGAGAUGUUACACAAUGCAAGCCUACUUGUGGAUGAUAUUGAAGAUAACUCAAAGCUACGACGGGGCUUUCCAGUGGCACACAGUAUCUAUGGAAUUCCAUCUGUAAUCAACUGUGCUAAUUAUGUUUAUUUCCUUGGCUUAGAGAAGGUUUUAACCCUUGAUCACCCAGAUGCUGUUAAAGUUUUUACUCGUCAGCUACUGGAACUCCAUAAAGGUCAAGGCUUGGACAUUUACUGGAGGGAUACUUACACCUGCCCUACAGAAGCUGAAUACAAAGCUAUGGUACUGCAAAAGACAGGCGGUCUCUUUGGAUUAGCUGUAGGCCUCAUGCAGCUCUUCUCAAAUUAUAAGAAAGACUUAAAACCACUUCUUAACACACUUGGUCUCUUCUUCCAAAUAAGAGAUGACUAUGCCAACUUGCACUCCAAAGAAUAUAGUGAAAACAAGAGUUUUUGUGAAGAUUUAACUGAGGGCAAGUUCUCAUUCCCAACUAUUCAUGCAAUUUGGUCAAAACCUGAAAGUACACAGGUGCAAAACAUUUUACGUCAAAGGACAGAAAACAUAGAUAUAAAAAAAUACUGCGUGCAUUACCUCGAAAACGUGGGUUCAUUUGAGUACACUCGGAAUACACUGAAAGAGCUUGAAUCUGAAGCCUAUAAACAAAUCGAAUCACUUGGGGGAAACCCUGAGCUUGUAGCACUAGUGGAACAGCUGAGCAAAAUGUUCAAAGAAAAUGACAAUUAAUUAAUCUACUGGGGAUGAAUGGAAGCUUUUUUUUUUUAAAACAGGUAAAAGGUUAUCUGAAAGGUGUGACAGUCAGUCUCACUUAAAAAUACUGUGUUGCCACAUGGCAGAAAUGUAUGUUGAAAAUAAGUUUGAUCACUGAGUACUGCAGUAUACCUUAUAUAUACAGUCUUAAUUGUAACUGCUUGCAGAUGUCUUCAAAACAUAUACUAGAAUUGAAACAAAUGUGAAUAUGGAUUUUUACACAAACACUGGCAUUACUUCACCCCUAGAAAUCUCACAGGCUACGGUAUAUCUUCAACAAAGCUACCGUAAGUUUCUGGCUGAAAUUCUUUAUUAAAUUAAAUCUGAUUGAC